UUCAGCCAGGACAUCACACGACCGUGCUCUGUUUCUUCUCAGGUUCAGCCUGAUUCGAGCUUCCUGGACAGCCACAAGGCAUGCCUUGGCCGCCAUUGAGCAGAAUGCCGCUGGUGGCCAGCGGCGACAGAGUGCCGUCUCAGCGGACAAGGGAGUAUCAAGCGAGACAUCAUCAUCAUCAAGCGAGCAUGGGAGUUUUUCCUGCAAGCAAGAGGUGUCCAUGGGCAACGUCCUCAGCGCAAAGCUCGGCUAGGCCCCGGCCAGGCAGGCCUCUCUCCGCGUCGCCUGCCCAACACCGUACCCUGCACCACUGUCAACAAAGUCUGCUCGUCGGGGACGAAGGGAUAUGGAUGACUAUCUCAAGGGAUGCAGGUUUCUUCCCAAACUUAAGAAUGAGAUACCUGGUGAAACAAAUGCUCCCUAGUCCCUACAGGGAAAGGUUGAGCAGCCUAGAGAAUUUAGUACUGAUCAUGGGUGAUCGACGAGGACUACUGCGGCCCGAUGGGGGUCGUGCUCUUCAACUACUCGGAGGCAGACUUCACCGUGAAGCCCCGCGACCGCGUCAUACAGAUUAUCGUCCAGCGUUGGGAAAAAAGUGCCCUACUAGUAUUUAG